AUGGCUUCGACGCUCGCAAGCGUUCAGAAAUUCAACAACCCAUUCGAUGGUUACUCUGACUCACGGGCACACGGGUACCAAGGACCUACGCGGAGAGUUCGGCUGACUCGUGUCACGCCUAGCGGAGGUGGUGGUGCGAUCUCAAAGUCUGAGGACGGCGUUCGUUGUGCCGUCACCGGGAAAGAAUCACUAAGGAUAUUACGUGUGUCGGAUCCAUCAAAUACUCAUAAUCCAGAUCAUAAAUCGGCCGUCGGACGAGGAGGCCAUCGAAUUGAUGCAUCGCGUAACUUUUGGGACAACAGUGGGUUGAAGAUUGAUAGUGCCAGUACUGAUGUUGCAUGGGGUCAUGGAGCCUUCAACAACAAAAUCUUGACCAGCGCGCGGAAUGGGGAACUUAUCAUGUGGGACCUCAACAAAUCUGGGGUGACCAAGUAUGAACGAAGAACGAAGGACCAUAUUCGUUCCAUUCACAAGCUGUCCGUGUCGCACAUUAUUCAUCACUAUUGCAUAACGGGCUCCGCGGAUGGUGAUAUGCGUGUCUGGGACCUGCGCGAUUUCUCAAGGUCUAUUCUACGUGUGCACCACCCGACUUCUGUCCGGAGCCUCGUCUUUUCGCCCAGCCUUUAUCAGCCUUUGCAAGCUGUAGUUGGUCUGGACAAUGGAAGCAUAUACAGGUGGGACUUGAGAAUGGGCCAACGCGGACAGCUCGAUAGGCUCCCAGUUGCACACGGUGCUUCAGUCAUGUCUCUUGAUUGGUGCAGCUCUCCACAGGCGUCGGUUAGCACAGCUACGCCAGAUAUCACGGGAAACGGGCUAGGAUGGCUGGUGAGCGCCGGUUUGGACAAAUGUGUCAAGGUUUGGGACCUCUCUUCUCCUGGAUCCAAUACGCACAUACCUCAGAAACCAACGUAUACCUUACACCCGUCUUUCCCCGUCCGCCGAGUGUUAUGGCGCCCGGGAUAUGAGUGUGAGCUGGCGCUUGUUUCCAACAUUGAAUAUGGGGCUGCAGAAGCGCAGCCAUCGCCUUCGCCCGCUAGCCCUCCUGGAACAUUGGCCAGUGCAGGCAGUAGCUUGGGAUUAGACGCAAUGAUGAGAGCAGGGAAUGACAACGACAAGGAAAAACCGGUUGCUCCGGACCCAACUUCAACAGGCGAUGCUGUCGAGAUCUGGGAUGUUCGGAGGGGUUGGAUCGGGAAAUGGUCUUUGACAGGAACUGCAGGGGAUGGUGGAGUAAAUGAUAUUGCGUUUGGAGAUUCGCACGCUUUGUGGGCUCAACAUUCAGCUGGAUCGUUCUCUCAAAUUGACCUACGGGAUGUUACGAAACCCCUGGAUGCGGUUCCCAGAGUAGCUGCAACGUGGGAAGCGACUGGAACGCUCGCAUUUGUCAGUGACCGAAAAAUGCGCUGGGAGAUUCCAUACGAUGAUUUAAAACCUAGUCAACGUGGACCUGGAAACGAAGACCUCCCUGGUAAAGCAUUGGGAGACGACCCUGCCCAACCUACCACACAAAGGCUGGGUGCCUUCGCAAUGGAAACUACUGCUCGAGAGGUUGAGGUCUUUACGCAGCUCGCUCGUGGCUACAUUUUUGCAGGGGAGGACCGUCGAAGUAUUUGCAUCAAGAAUGCUCAGGUGCGACAGUUGGUUGCCCGUUCCGCACCUGGAUAUUUACGGCUUUUAAAACAGGUGGCACUUGAAGCAGGCCAGGAGCGAGCAGUGCAAGUAUGGUUGCUCAUGGGAGCAGCUCUGUCAGAUUACAUACCUGACGUUGAAUCGACACCCACUCCUCGAUAUAAGACUAAAAAAGGCUCAGUACCACCACCAAUAUCAGCGCCACCCGUCAUGUCCACUUCUUACACAUUCCCCUCCUCUGCUGCUACUUAUAAAACUAGCCCAGGGCGUAGAUCCGUGCACAGUGCUGAACCCGCACCUAGAAUACCCCACCGCAGCCCGUCUGCAUCAGCGCCUCGCAAACUGACGCCGUCCUCAUCUGCAGCCUCUUCACCCCGCCACGUCUCUAUCGGGCUUCCGCCUAUGACACCAAACAAGCCAUCCUUUUUCUCCCGUCGUGAGUCACUUGACUCAGGUCUCGCUCUCCUUCGCCGUCCUUCCCUAUCAACUACGCCUGGUCACAGUGCGAGCCCAAGUGAGCGGAGCUCGUCGAGUCUUAGACAUCUUGGAGAAGGCGCUUUGAGUGAUUCUGAUUCUUCACCUAGUGAAGGUGGGGAGGAAACUCCCAGCAGGGCAUUGAGCGGGGAUGAACAACCCUCUAAUCCAACGAUCUCUCCCAUCCUACACGCCACAAGAGGGAUCCCUACACCAAGCCCGUUGUCCAUUGUUGUUGCUCAGCGACAGUGGCCAGAGGAUGGAGAGGGUGGUGAUAGGGACGACGACGAAGAUGAAGAAUCAUCUCCUUCACCUGGCUCUACUGACACAGAAUCGGAAGGAUCUUCCCGCCGAAGGCAGACACCCAGCAAGUCGGUCAAGAGAAACGUGGUUCGGUUGAAGUCAAGGAAUGGUAGUUCAACUGUGGCGUCACUAGCUGUACCUCAACGACAGCUCGUGCAUCAGGACUCGCACAGCAGUAUACGAACUGUCACCGCGGUUGAAACAUCAUUCAGGGAUCAGGAAGAUACGGAGGGCGUCAAAGCUGAGGAUACCGUUAUGGACCUUCGAAAACAUAAAUAUGAAAAGUCGCAGGCUGCUUCGGACUUGAUGGCGGAGGGAGAAGGUAAAGAUGAGCUCGACGAAGUCGACUUAUCAAGGGUCUCUGAAAGGCGCAUUGAGAUUAUUCACAUGGAGGAGAAGAGGUUCCGGGAGAUGACCUGGGAGGCGCUCCGUGAUGCUUUGGAGGACUUCGCAGUUGAGGGCGAAGUCCAGCUGUGCGCUAUGUUGUCUGUUGUGGCACACCAAGAACUCAGGAUUUCAAAUAAACGAGUAACUCGCUUCCUUGAUGCAUAUACCGAACAUCUGACUCGUCUCCGAUUAUACGCCUGUGCUGCCUACGUGCGGAAAUUUAGCCAGGCGGAAGACCUUCGCAAUGCGACUCUGCUCGAGACAACAAUCUACACCUCCUGUGGCAAGUGCAAAAAGGCCAUUGUUAAGCCCGCUGGAACUUGCACCGUCGACAAAGCAAAUCGCGGAGGCUACUCUUACUGUGCUACUUGCAAAUCCUCUUGUGUCACCUGCUCAAUCUGUCGGCUGCCUGUCAGAGCCCUAUUGUUCCAAUGCUCUGUUUGCAGCCAUGGAGGCCAUCAGUCAUGUUAUCAUCGUUAUUACAUAAGGCAGCCGAUGGUGGAGCUACCUAGGUCUUUCUUACCUGCCGUGGAUUUCAGAGGUCGGACGGCGCAACGGAAUACCCCGACCAACGUUGAAGAUGACGCAGAGUCCACGAUCAGCAGUGUUCAGAGUGCCAGCAGCGUAAUUGGCACGUCUUUGGGGAUGAGCCCUUCUUUUGGGAUGAGCCCCGCUCGUUCGGAUUUGGCGGUCAAGUUGAUAGGCCAUCUUUGUGCGGCGGGUUGUGGACACUACUGUUGGGCAGCUAAUAGGAUUACAGAAGGAUCAGACUUAUAG